UCAAGGGGCUUCUGAUCGGUAGCUGGAAAAUCCGUAGAAAAUGAGCAUAAUAACGAGAGAAAAAACUGGCUAUUCUACCGAGGCUUACCAACUUUUUUUAGCGCGCCUGCAACUACGGUUGUCGGAGUUAGUGAAAACAAAUCCGCUAGAGGUCCGCCUCUUCAUCCUGUUUCUGACUAUCCAGCGAUUACUAGUGUGCUCCUGUCUUAGCAUCUUUUUUCAUGCCAGGAUAGCCACAAUAGAAAAUGCUUUCCAUGUGACACGAAGGGGGGGAGCCUUCGUGCUUGUUUCUCUUGUACAGUAAUUUAACACUGGACUUUGAGCUCGGAUGUCUCUUGACGGGGCUCCCUUUCUUUAUCUUGGAUUCUCUCUCUCUCUUCCCCCCUCUUAAAAAAAUGUUCCAGCACAUUUUGACGCUUUUGAACAUACACACUGGCAUGCACCAGCAUCUGUUUAAGGGGAGGUUAUCUGAUAAAUAAUUCUAGACUCGUCUCGUUUCUCUCUAUUUUACUCUCCCUGGGCUCCCUUUUGAAAAGCGACGAAAAUGGAGAGACCCUCAGGUACAUGUCGUCCUUGUCGAUUGGAAUGAUGCUGGCCAACUUUUGCGACUUUUAUUUUUAAAAAGAGAACUGGUCCCCUGUCCUUGGAAAUCAGUCCAUUCAGAUGACCCUCGGAUCAAUGUUACGCGUUUAUUAUUAGUUUUUUUUUACUUUGCAACGUAAAGUAAGCGACGACUACGUGCGUGUAUACAGAGUUUGAAUUUUUAAUGCUGCUUUGUUAUUUUUCGAUGUCUUUAACCAUCAACCGUGAUUGGAAUAAUCAAUGCGCUUUGGGACCACUGGAUCAAGGUCGAUGGGGUUUGAAGCAAAAGAAGGUGACGACAACGCCAUUGUUUUUAGGGUGGGGUGCAUUCAAAAUUGCUCAAUUCGAUUUAUCCGCCGUCUUUCAAGUUAUUGUCGCCGAUGUUAACAAUAGAAAUUGUUUUUAAAUCCUGCCAUCUCUCGGUAGUUUUUUUUUCGUGUUAAAUAACGCUUAGGCGCAUCGCGACUCACGAUCGUUAACCUGUGGGGUGUUUCUUCUAUGACACGGUCCGACAAUCACGCAGGCCCUCGUUCAAUGUCCUUUUCUUUUUACAAUAGCGAAAAUAUGCGAGACAAUAAAGGGAGGGAGAGGAACAGCUUAAAAAGAGGUGACACUUCAAACAAAAAAAUUUCGGAACUAAAUGAUGAUGUAUUUGAUUACCUUUGGAUUGACUUCGUCGAUGCUCUUCUCCCAUGGUGGAAUCUUGCUGUGAUGGUUAAGCCUGAAAUUAAACAAAAGAAAAGGCUUCCAUUAACGAAAAUUUAAAAUCAAUUUUUAAUUUUAACGUAAUCCAGAAAAUAAAAAAAUGAUCGCAACGCCAGGCCAUCUGCGUUUUCCCACAUCUGCUUUCAUUAUGUUAAUAGAAAUAUUAAAAAUAGCUUAUUUAGAGAGGUAUCUCUUGAGCUGCACUUUGCCAUCUUAUAUGUAUGGCUUCAUUUUUUUUUUUUUCGAGAGGAAGUUAAAAAAUAUCCCCCCACCGAUCCCGUGUUAACCGGAUCAUUUCAAACUCGGCUGCCGGACAAGGGAAACCUUAGACACGACUCUAACGAGCUUCCGUCCAUUCCCAAGUGAUCCAUUCUUAAAUCAAUUGUAGUAAAGGUAGGGAAUCCUUUGAAAAGGCGACAUUACACAAGUCCGGCUCUCUCUCUCUCUCUCUUUUUGUGUACAUAAUUGAGUCUCUCUCCCCAGGUGGGCCGUUUUUUUCUAUUCACUAGCAUUUUCCAGUUAGUUGUCAGUGGUCCACCAUCGAAAAUUGACGUGCUUUCUCUUGUCAUUAACCUGUAUUUUGUGUGUGUGUGUGUGUGGGGGGCUCUAAAAAAAGAAAAGGCUGUUUUGGACUUAACGAACGGGAAUGGAUAGCAAUAGCAACGGUUCUGCUGGCCGCGGCAUGAAAACGGAAGUCGCAAUGAGCGGACUGGCCUUGGAUCAGAGCAGUUCAUCCGGUCGUUCGACUCCGACGGACCUUCCGCACAAUAAGCUUUUUGUGGGCGGACUCAGCUGGCAAACGUCGGCCGACAAGCUGCGCGAGUACUUUGGCCAGUACGGCACCAUUAUCGACGUUCAGGUCCUCAAGGAUCCUCUUACUCAGAGAAGCCGAGGCUUUGGCUUCAUCACCUUUGCCGAAGCGAGUAGCGUGGAUCGCGUGCUGGCCGUCCCUGCGCACACGCUCGACGGCAAGAAGAUCGACCCGAAACACGCGACGCCCAAGAACAAAGGCAAAUCGACGCCUUCAUCCAAGACGAAAAAGGUUUUUGUCGGUGGCGUAAGUCAAGACACGUCGGCCGAUGAAGUCAAGGCCUACUUCAAUCAAUUUGGACGCGUCGAGGAGGCCGUCAUGCUCAUGGACCAGCAGACGAAACGACAUCGAGGGUUUGGUUUCGUCACGUUCGAGAGCGAGGACGUUGUCGAUCGCAUUUGCGAGAUUCAUUAUCACACAAUCAAGAAUAAGAAAGUGGAAUGCAAGAAAGCGCAGCCCAAAGAAGCUAUUCUCGCUUCGACCACGACGGCCUUGUUGGCCGCUAAACGUAGCGUCCUCCUCAACGGUCUGGGCGUUGCCGGAUUGGCUCCCGGAGUCGCUCACGUUCAGCCAUCGGCUGCCAGUCAGGGAGCAGCUCAGCAAUUUUUGGCAGCCCAAGCGGCCCAAGUCCAAGCGGCCGUUGCGGCCCAUCAACAGCAAGCUGCUCAGGCCCAGUCUGCAGCUGCUGCCGCUGGCUACGGCAAACUAUUGGCCAGUUAUCCGGCAUUGGCUAGUUAUCGCUACAGUCCUUAUUCUCUGCCCGGCGCUGCCGCUCAGGGCAAUGCCCAAGCGGCGGCCGCAGCUGCAGCCGCCGCCGCCGCUGCUGCCGCAUCCUCCGCCGGCCAUCAUCACCAUCACCACCACGCUAUGACGGCCGCUUCGCCCGCCGCCCAACAAGCGGCCGCCUAUCAAGGAUACAGUCUAGCCAAUGUAGAUAUGUCCAGUUUUCAGGGUGUCGACUGGAGCCAAAUCUACGGAAUGGGAAUGUACGUCUAGCGUGGCCAUCUCUCGCUACCCCAACAACAACAAACUUAUCUGGAAUAUUCAUUUUCGGCGUCCUUUCUCUCUUCUAUCUCACCUUUCUUUUCUUUUUUUUCUGAUCAAAUUUAUUUAUUUUAUUAUUAUUAUUUUUUUUUUCCUUUUUCUUGUCGAAACCAACGAGCUUCCAGCACCACACCCACUUGAAUCUACAACGAUUUUGUUGUAACUUGUUUCACGGAAAGCAACGAGAUUUCGUUGAAAUGAGGAAGGGAAAAAAAAAAUAUCAAGCUCCUCUGAAGAAAAAAAAAAAGGAAAUUGCGUGUGUGUCGGUGUUAUUGUGAAUUUCCCCCUUUUUCCUUCUUUGAAUUUGUCCCUUUCCUAUUUAAACUUGAUAUAUCACGUCACAUUUUUGGAGCCGAGUCGUUUUGAUGCAAGGAGUAAUAAUAAUCAAUAAUCAAGAAAUCAUUCAACGAGCAAUAUGCGAUCACUUCUAUCGUCUAUGCAGCGCGAUUGUUUCAUUUGUCGUGUUUGUAAUGUUUUCAAUUCUUUGAAGAAGAAAUGGCUCCUUAUUGAAUUUUGUUUUGUUAGCCUCUCUUCUUUUAAUUAAAAAGAGAAUGGCGCGGUUAAUUUUGACAAAUUUCCCGCAAAACAAAAACAAAUUUGACGAUCCGUCGCCCCCCCACUUUUUUGUUUGUUAUACAUGUUGGAUCUCAGCCUCCCAUUAUAAUUUUUUUUUUUAACGUCUCCCAAGUCCCACCUUUUUCUCUAAUUCUUGCCAAUUUGGACAAUUAAGUUCUUGCCUGCUCCUUGAAAAACAAAAAAAAAUUGUGUAUUAAUCGAUCCUUAUGAAUAGGAUUUAAUGACCUCCCCGGCUCUCCGUUUAUACUUAGUCGUGUGUUAUAUACGUAUGUCAUCUUUACAUCCCUCCAAAAUGUUUUUGUUUUUUUUUGCCCUAUAAAAGCAGCUCUUUUUUUUUUGUUUCUAAUUUUUGCGUGUGUGCCUCGACUACCUCCUUUUGUUUGCCAUGAUUUUUGUUUUUCUCGCGUUUUUGCCCCACUUGAUCACAUCCCCCCACCUCAUUUCAAGAUGAUUCUCUAUGCAGAAGUCUUCGAUUUUUUUUUUUUUCUUUGAAGUUUUUUCUUUGUCGUGUAUGCUGAUUUAUGCAACCGUCUUCACGAGGAAUAGCUUCUGUCCCCCACCCGAAACCAAUAAUCUUUUUUUCUCAUCUUCGAACAAGUUUCCCCCCGCAAGAUGAGUUGUUCGGAACGUGCCAAAAUAACAAAGACACACUCCCCCCACACACAUACUUUGCACGGACAUUCAAGAAGAAAGAAGAGAUAAUCCAUUCCCGAUUUUUUUUUUUUUUUAAGUUAUUCGUGUGUGUUUUUUUGUGGGUGGGUAAAAAAAAAAUAAUUUUUUUUUUUAUUGCGUCGGAAAUAACCCGAAAUUUUGAUUUCAUUUUGUCAUAUCGAUAGCAAUAAUCGCUGUCUUACCAAGUCAAUGGAAAAUUGUUGGAAACGAUUGAAAACGUUGGCGGAAUAUUAAAGAAGAAAGAAAAAAAAAAUGGAUAAAAAAAAAUGUCUCUGAUUUCUUUAAUUCGAAUCAUUUCGUUAGUGUUCGAUCCCUACCGCCCCUACACUCCUGUAGCUGUUUUUCGUUCAUUUCAAAAUGUAGAUCUUUUAAUUUUCGUAUCAAUUUAAUUGGAUCUGUGUAUUUUUCUACUACGCUGCAGAUGACGUUUCGAAGCAGACAAGAAAUUGAAAUGAAAAACAAACAACUACAAAGAAAGGAAAAAAUUAUUAAUCGUUUGAAAAACUUUUUAUCUUCCCGUGGGACGACUCCCGAAGAAACUUGUUUCCUUUUUUUUUUUUUUUUUCAAAACUAAUCUUCUUCUAAAAGAAUCACUACCUCUCGUCAUCAUCAUCAAAAUGGGUUUCGGCAACUAUUUCAAUAAGCUUCAAUCUUUUUUUUACCCAACCAUCUUCCCGAGCCGCUAGAAAACAAUCCUCUCAAGAGAGAAAACCUUGUAUGCGUGUGAGCUCCACUGCAGUAUUAUAUAUUUCACGUCCGCCCCCCACCCCCCACACACAGCCCUUUCUUCUUUUACCCCAAGACCUGGCUUGGCUUCUUCAUUGAGUAUAGAAGCCAACGCACUUGGGAAUUUUCCCUUUCCACCUUUUCUCUUUUUAUCCAAGAGCGUGUGUUUGCCUUCGAUUUUCCUUGCCCCACCAAACUUAUAUGCAGUAUAUAGUUAAUCUUUUUUCUCUCUUCCUGUUUGUAUGAACACACACACACCCGUAGUUCUGUAAACUUCAUGAAAAUCUCAUUUAUGUUUGUUUUAUUUUUCUUUGCCCCAUUUUGGUAGCAAUUUUUCUUUUUCUUGUAGUACGUAGUGCCAAUCAGUAGUUGCGGUAUCUGAUGUAACCCGAUGCAUCUCUCACAUUAAUGAAUCUCUCGUGUGUCUCCUCAUUCUUUAGUGACUUUGGUAGUUCUUCUUUAUGAUUUAUCCCAGUCUGUUGUGUUUUCUUUUGUAUGUCUGUGUUGUGUGUAGUCAGUAGUUAGUGUCGUCGUAUAAAUUUUCCUCGGUCACGCAAACACGCCCCUCCUGUUCGCCCCCCACUUUUUUUUUUUUUUUUACACUUGUCAUUGUUUAGUGUAGUCACGCCCGAAAAUCUUUUGAGCUACUCGACUUGACCCGCAUAACAAGAACAACAAUUUUCGAUCGUUGAACGAAUUCGAAAACAGACGACAAACAUUGGAAAACCAAAUGACAAAUAAACCAACACUGAGAAAGAAAAAA